GGCCAGUUCCUUAGUCUCGACGCGGCGGGCCGGAGGGAAGGUGCUCCGUGACCCUGGGAUAGAAUAGCCCUCACAAGUCUCUAGUAUAUAGUUGUUGUUUUGCACAUCGCCAGCAGCGAGAUAUCGGCCACGCACUCUCAGUGCGGACAUUUUCGAGAGUUGUUUUUUGUUGCACCGUAUUUUUUGUUUUUUUUUUAUUAUUAAUCUCCCGGAAAACUCGAGCGAGGAGACGAGUUCAAGUGCAGUACAUACACAGGACCGUCGUAGAGUAUACAGAGAGAAAAGUGCAGCUGGACCGGACAGUUAUCUCGGCCCGAAGACGCAGCAUCGAGUGGUGUUCCAUGAGUCGACGGCGCGCGCCUCUCGGAGCGUAGGACCGCAGUGGGUGAUUGUUUAUAAUUUUCAUCGACAACGAGCCGUCGCAACGACGUACUAUACAAAAUGCUGAUAAGGAAAUCGGCGGCUGUUUGGCUCGCCGUCCUCUUGUGCCAUCUUCGACUAACGGAGUCUCAGGUCCCAGCCACGAGCGUCUUUACCUGCCCGAACGGAUGGGAGCUGAAGGGCAUCCACUGUUACAAAUUCUUCAACAUCAGGCAUUCAUGGGAAAAGGCAGCGGAACUAUGCAGAAGAUACGGCAGCGAACUGAUGGUUAUCGAGUCCUACGGCGAGAACAAUGUGUCGGCCAGUAUGGUCGGCCGACACUUGGACCGCUACUGGCUCGGACUGGCAUCCUUGGACGACCUGAGGACCAACACUCUGGAAUCGGCGGCUGGCAUGCUCGUCUCGCAAUAUGCUGGUUUCUGGGCGCCGAGACAACCGAAUCCCCGAUCAGGUGAAUGCGUCGACGUCAAAGUUACGGACGACCAGCAUCAAUCUUGGGAGCUCACGACAUGCGAGUCUCUUCUUCCUUUCAUGUGCCGUGCCAACGCCUGUCCAGCAGGCUCGUUUCACUGCUCGAACGGCAAGUGCAUCAACAGUGCCUUCAAGUGCGACAAACAGGACGACUGCGGGGAUUUCUCCGACGAGAUGGACUGUCCGCAAAACUGUCAAUUCUACGGGGCGAGCAGCGGCGACGUCGUCGAGAGUCCGAAUUACCCACACAAGUACAUGCCUCUGAGCAACUGCAAGUGGACUCUGGAAGGUCCACAAGGGCACAACAUCCUCCUGCAGUUCCAGGAGUUCGAAACGGAGAAGAGCUUCGACAUCGUGCAGAUCCUCGUGGGCGGAAGGACCGAGGAAAAGUCUGUAAACUUGGCGACGCUCUCCGGCAAGCAGGAGCUCAGCAACAAGCUCUUCGUCUCGGCCUCGAACUUCAUGAUCAUCAAGUUCAGCACCGAUGGCUCGGUCGAGCGCAAGGGAUUCCGUGCCUCCUGGAAAACGGAACCGCAGACCUGUGGCGGUAUGCUCAGGGCCACGCCCCAGGGUCAGGUGCUCACUUCGCCCGGUUAUCCGCAGAAUUAUCCCGGAGGCUUGGAAUGCCUCUACAUCAUUCAGGCGCAGCCCGGAAGAAUUUUGUCGCUUGAGAUCGAAGAUUUGGAUCUGGAGACCAACCGCGACUACAUCUUGAUUAGAGACGGAGAGUCGCCCAUGAGCCGACCGAUCGCCAGAUUGACUGGCGAUUCCGAUGACAAUCCGAAGGUCAUCAUGUCGACUGGUAGCAACCUGUAUCUUUACUUCAAAACCAGCCUUGGCGAUUCCAAACGCGGCUUCAGCAUUCGCUACACCCAGGGAUGCAAGGCCACGAUCGUCGCGCGCAACGGCACCGUGCAAUCGCCUUCUUAUGGUCUCAACGACUACCCCAACAACCAAGAAUGCUUGUACCGAGUUAAGAACCCCAAGGGAGGACCUCUAUCCCUAAAAUUCGACAACUUCAACGUUCACAAGACUGAUUACGUACAGGUUUACGAUGGAUCUAACAUGAACGGACUGAGACUGCACUCUGGCAACGGAUUCACCUCGAACACACGACCAAAGAUUACUCUCACCGCUGAAAGCGGAGAGAUGCUGAUUAGAUUUGUUUCGGACGCUCUGCACAGUAGCACUGGAUGGCAAGCUUCCUUCUCAGCUGAUUGCCCACCGCUGCAACCAGGUGAAGGAGCAAUGGCCUCUAGCCGCGACACAGCCUUCGGCACAGUCGUCACCUUCUCUUGCCCACUUGGCCAAGAGUUCGCAACUGGAAAAGCCAAAAUCACGACCGAAUGUCUGCCUAGUGGAAACUGGUCCAUCACCUACAUUCCCAAAUGCCAAGAGGUGUACUGCGGUCCAGUUCCGCAGAUCGACAACGGCUUCUCCAUUGGAUCCUCCAACGUCACUUACCGAGGAGUUGCCACUUACCAGUGUUACGCCGGAUUCGCCUUCCCCACUGGCAGACCUACCGAGAAGAUCUCUUGUCUCGCUGAUGGCAUGUGGGAGAAGAAACCCGCUUGUCUGGCUUCCCAAUGUCCUCCACUUCCUGAAGCUCCUCAUGCCAACCUCACCAUCUUGAACGGCGGAGGAAGAAGCUACGGAACCAUCGUGCGAUUCGAAUGUGAACCUGGCUACGUAAGAAGUGGUCAUCCAGUGAUCCUUUGCAUGAGCAACGGAACGUGGUCCGACGAUGUUCCAGUCUGUUCUCGCGCGAAGUGCCCAAUCAUCCCUACAAUCAAAAACGGCUUCGUCGUCGACUCCUCGAAGGACUACUACUUCGGCGACGAUGCUAGAGUACAGUGCAACAGGGGCUACAAGCUAUCCGGAUCCAACAUUAUAAGCUGCGGCACCGCUCAGCGAUUCGAGAACGUACCCACGUGCGAAGAUAUUAACGAAUGCGCCUCGAGCCAAUGCGAUCUUGCCUCGACGGAAUGCAUAAACACACCCGGCGCAUUCACGUGCAAGUGUAAACCAGGUUUCUCUUCGACAAUGGAAUGCCGGCCGAUAGGAGAUCUGGGUCUGAUUAACGGUGGCAUUCCCGACGAGUCGAUCACCGUAUCCAGCUCCGAGAACGGAUAUACAAAAUCGGGCAUCCGAUUAAACAACGGUGACGGCUGGUGUGGCAACAGCGUAGAGCCUGGUGCAAACUGGGUCACGAUCGACAUGAAGGCACCCACCAUAAUUCGUGGUUUCAGAACACAAGUGGUCGCUCGUGCUGACGGAAACAUUGCGUUCACCACAGCCGUGCGAAUCCAGUACACCGACAACCUAACCGACAUUUUCAAAGAUUACACAAAUCCCGACGGUACGCCCGUCGAAUUCCGUAUACUCGAGGCAACGCUCUCGGUUCUCAAUCUGCCCGUGCCCAUCGAGACCAGAUUUAUCAGAUUCCGCGUCCAGGAUUACGUUAGCGCGCCCUGCAUGAAGCUGGAAAUCAUGGGAUGUACUCGACUCGAGUGUACGGACAUCAACGAGUGCGCCAUGGGUAACGGAGGCUGUCAUCAGAAGUGUAUCAACAAUCCGGGUAGCUUCACGUGCUCUUGCAAUACCGGCUUCGAGCUUUACAAAGGCAACGGAACCGCUGGUUUCGCGAUCGAGAAAUCCGAGACUGGAGAACGGGACGGCGAUCUCUAUCAGAGAAACAAGACCUGCGUUCCUGUUAUGUGCCCUGCUCUGCCUGCUCCUGAAAAUGGAAAGAUUCUGGCUACCAAGGCUCAAUAUCACUUCGGCGAUCUUGUGAGAUUCCAAUGCGACUUUGGAUACGUUCUUGCUGGAUCGUCCGCCGUACUUUGCACGUCCACUGGAUCAUGGAACGGCACAACUCCAGAAUGUCAAUAUGCCAAAUGCGUAUCUCUACCUGACGACAAAAACGAAGGACUAUCGGUCAUCCGAACUGACGAGACCAGCGUUCUGGUCCCAUUCAAACAAAACGUAACUCUCAAGUGUAACAACAAUGGACGUUCUCUUCGUAAUACCGCAACUUCCAGCUUCCGCCAAUGUGUAUACGACCCCAAGCCUGGUUACCCCGACUACUGGCUAUCAGGAACCACACCAGCUUGCCCAAGAGCCGAUUGUGGAAAGCCUCUUCCAACUCCUGGUGCUGAAUAUGGACAAUACAUGGACACGAAAUACCAAUCAUCCUUCUUCUUCGGCUGUCAAGACACCUUCAAACUGGCUGGACAAACCAACCGCCAUGACAACGUGGUUCGUUGCCAAGCCAACGGAGUCUGGGACUUUGGAAACCUUCGCUGUGAAGGGCCAGUUUGCGAAGACCCUGGCAGACCAGCCGAUGGCUACCAGGUUGCAAGAAGUUACGAACAAAGCUCCGAAGUUCAAUUUGGAUGCUCCAGACCAGGUUACAUUCUGAUCAACCCAAGACCGAUCGUCUGCGUCCGAGAGCCAGAGUGCAAGGUUGUCAAACCUUUGGGCUUGGCUUCUGGGAAGAUCCCAGAUUCUGCUAUCAAUGCAACUUCCGAAAGACCUAACUACGAAGCUAAGAACAUCAGGCUCAACUCCGUUACCGGAUGGUGUGGAAAACAGGAAGCUUUCACCUACGUCAGCGUUGACAUGGGACGCGUAUAUAGAAUCAAGGCCAUUUUGGUCAAGGGAGUCGUGACCAACGACAUCGUGGGAAGACCCACCGAAAUUCGAUUCUUCUACAAACAGGCUGAGAGUGAAAACUACGUCGUCUACUUCCCGAACUUCAAUCUCACCAUGCGUGAUCCUGGAAACUACGGAGAGCUCGCAAUGAUCACUCUGCCCAAAUACGUCCAAGCUAGAUUCGUCAUUCUUGGGAUCGUCAGUUACAUGGACAACGCUUGCUUGAAAUUCGAGCUCAUGGGAUGCGACGAACCAGUUGCAGAGCCUCUUCUUGGAUACGAUUACGGAUUCUCACCUUGCGUUGACAACGAGCCACCGGUAUUCCAAAACUGUCCGCAACAACCUAUUAUGGUACAGAAGGGACCAGAUGGAGGCUUACUUCCGGUUAACUUCACCGAGCCUACAGCUAUUGACAACAGUGGUAGCAUUGCCAGACUCGAAGUCAAACCUCAGAGUUUCAAGACACCAAUCCGAGUAUUUGAAGAUACCGUUGUUAAAUACAUUGCUUACGAUUACGACGGCAAUGUAGCCAUUUGCGAAAUCAACAUUACCGUACCUGAUGUAACUCCACCAAAACUAAGUUGCCCACAGAGUUACGUAAUAGAGCUUGUGGACAGACAGGACAGCUACAACGUAAACUUCAACGAGACUCGUCGUAGAAUCAACACUACCGAUGCCUCUGGGCCAGUAAAAAUCACUUUCGUGCCAGAGCGAGCUGUGAUUCCGAUUGGAGGUUUUGAAAACGUAACCGUAUACGCAACCGACUCCAGUGGAAACAGAGCCUACUGUCAUUUCCAAGUAUCAGUCCAAGCUACGCCUUGCGUGGAUUGGGAAUUGAAACCACCUGCAAAUGGAGGACUCAAGUGCCUUCCUAACGACAAGGGACUUCAGUGCAUUGCAACUUGUAAGGCUGGAUACAGGUUUACCGAUGGCGCUCCUGUGAAGACUUUCUCUUGCGACGUGCAGAGACACUGGGCUCCAGCGUCUGUCGUGCCAGACUGCGUUUCUGAAAAUACUCAACAAGCUGAUUAUCACGUGAUUGCCUCGGUAACGUACCGAGCGAAUGGAGCCGUUUCCCGACCAUGCUUACCACAGUACCAAGACCUGAUGUCCCAGUACUACAUGAAUCUGAACACCAUAUUGACUCAGCGUUGCUCUGCUGUCAACGUUCACAUGAAUGUCUCGUUCGUAAGAUCCUUGCCAACACUUCUGGAAGAGAACGUUCUGAAGAUGGACUUCGUACUAUCGAUCAUUCCCGCUAUCAAACAACCACAACUUUACGACCUUUGUGGCUCCACUUUGAACUUGAUCUUCGACCUUUCCGUACCUUAUGCCAGUGCUGUAAUUGAACCUCUGUUGAAUGUCUCGGCUAUCGGUAACCAGUGUCCUCCACUCCGAGCGCUCAAGUCAUCCAUCUCACGUGGAUUCACGUGUAGCAUUGGCGAAGUAUUAAACAUGGACACAAACGACGUUCCACGAUGCUUGCACUGUCCGGCAGGAACAUUCGCUGGUGAGAAGCAAAAGCAGUGUACGUCCUGUCCCAAAGGCUUCUACCAAAACAGCGACCGCCAAGGUUCCUGCUUGCGUUGUCCCUUCGGAACCUACACCAAAGAAGAGGGCUCCAAGAGCAUCGAUGACUGCAUCCCUGUUUGCGGUUACGGAACAUACUCACCCACAGGUCUCGUACCCUGUCUGGAAUGUCCAAGAAACAGCUACAGUGGCGAACCACCAAUCGGUGGCUUCAAGGACUGCCAAACUUGCCCAGCUGGCACGUUCACCUACCAACCAGCAGCUCCAGGCAAAGACAGAUGUCAGGCCAAGUGUUCCCCAGGAAUGUACUCCGAUACCGGACUCGCCCCAUGCGCCCAGUGUCCCAAGGACUUCUUCCAACCUCAGCACGGCGCCACCACCUGCAACGAGUGCCCGACCAACAUGUACACCGAUAAACCCGGCGCAGUUGGCCGUGAAGAGUGCAAACCCGUCCAGUGCACCGAUAACAUCUGCCAACACGGUGGCUUAUGCGUACCCAUGGGUCACGGAGUUCAGUGCUUCUGCCCUGCCGGAUUCUCCGGAAAACGUUGUGAAAUCGACAUCGACGAGUGCUCCUCGCAGCCUUGUUACAACGGUGCUACCUGCAUCGACUUGCCACAAGGCUACAGGUGCCAGUGCGCUAACGGAUAUUCCGGUAUUAACUGUCAGGAGGAGAAGUCCGACUGCAAAAAUGAUACCUGUCCCGAGAGAGCCAUGUGCAAAGACGAGCCAGGAUUCAACAACUACACGUGCCUCUGCAGAUCCGGUUAUACCGGUGUUGAUUGCGACAUUACUAUUAAUCCUUGCACUUCGAACGGCAACCCGUGCAACAACGGAGCUAGCUGUGUUCCUCUACAGCAGGGCCGUUACAAGUGCGAAUGUCUGCCUGGUUGGGAAGGACAGAGCUGCGAGAUUAAUACCGACGAUUGUGCUGAACGUCCCUGCCUUCUGGGAGCUAACUGUACCGAUUUAGUGGACGACUUCACCUGUGACUGUCCACCCGGCUUCACUGGAAAACGUUGUCAUGAGAAGAUCGACCUUUGCUCCGGAAACCCUUGCUUGAACGGCAUUUGCGUGGACAAGCUCUUUAACCACGAGUGCAUCUGUCAUCCGGGCUGGACUGGUCCAGCUUGCGAGAUCAACAUCAACGAGUGCGCCGGCAAACCGUGCCGCAACAACGGCCAGUGUACCGACCAGAUCGACGACUACACUUGUACCUGCGAACCUGGCUACACUGGCAAGCAGUGCCAGCACACGAUCGAUGACUGCGCUUCCAAUCCUUGCGUCAACGGUGGUACCUGCAUUGACCAGCUCGAGGGCUUCACUUGCAAGUGCCGUCCAGGAUUCGUUGGUCUUCAGUGCGAAGCCGAAAUCGACGAGUGUCUCAGCGAUCCUUGCAGCCCUGUUGGAACAGAACGCUGUGUCGAUCUGGACAACCAAUUCGUCUGCCAAUGCAGAGAAGGCUUCACCGGAGCUACUUGCGAAACCAACAUUGACGACUGUAUGUCCGACCCUUGUCUCAACGGAGCCACCUGUCGGGACGAAAUUGGAGGAUUCAAGUGUAUGUGCAGAGAGGGAUGGACUGGAAUCAAAUGUGAGACUGACGUGGGAACCUGCCAGAACAAGCCCUGUCAAAACGACGCUGCCUGCGUUGAUUUGUUCCAAGACUUCUUCUGUGUAUGCCCAUCUGGAACUGAUGGAAAACGUUGCGAGACCGCACCCGAACGAUGCAUCGGCAACCCUUGCAUGCACAAUGGACGUUGCCAAGACUUUGGAUCUGGUCUCAAUUGCACUUGUCCAGAUGACUAUACCGGAAUCGGUUGCCAAUACGAAUACGACGCUUGCCAAGCUGGUGCUUGCAAGAACGGUGCUACUUGCAUCGAUAACGGUGCUGGAUUUACUUGCAUUUGUCCACAUGGAUACACCGGCAAAACUUGCGAGGAAGACAUCGUCGACUGCAAGGAGAAUUCCUGUCCUCCAUCGGCUACUUGCAUCGAUCUUACUGGCAAAUUCUUCUGCCAAUGUCCAUUCAACUUGACUGGUGAUGACUGUCGAAAAUCCAUCCAAGUCGACUACGACCUCUACUUCAGCGACCCAACUCGCAGCAGUGCGAUGCAAGUGAUUCCAUUCUUCACUGGAGCCAAGAAGAGUUUGACCAUCGCUAUGUGGGUGCAAUUCACUCAGCGCGACGAGGCUGGCAUCUUCUUCACCCUGUAUGCCGUCAGCUCUCCUCACGUUCCUACCAACCGUAGACCAAUGAUGCAAGCUCAUAGCAACGGUGUUCAAGUUUCGAUCUUCCACGAUCUGCAAGACGUGUACUUACCAUUCAGGGAAUACGCCACUAUAAACGACGGACAAUGGCAUCACAUCGCCGUUAUUUGGAACGGUGAAAACGGCGGUGAAUUGACUCUCAUCACGGAAGGUCUGAUUGCCAGCAAGACCGAAGGCUACGGUAGCGGAAGAACUCUACCCUCAUACGCCUGGGCUGUCCUGGGUAAGCCACGCAGCGAAGUUGGCAAAGGCUAUACGGAGUCUGGCUUUCAAGGUCACCUUACCAAGGUUCAAAUCUGGGAGCGAGCUCUUCACGUGACCAACGAAAUCCAGAAACAAGUCCGCGACUGCCGUACCGAGCCAGUCCUCUACCAAGGUCUCGUGCUCACCUGGGCCGGCUACGACGAAACCGUUGGUGGAGUCGAGCGAAUCGCACCAUCGCACUGUGGUCAGCGAGUCUGCCCACCAGGUUAUGGUGGCAGCAAGUGCCAACAGUUGGAGUCCGACAAGAUACCACCUAAGAUCGAACACUGCCCUGGUGACCUGUGGGUCAUUGCCAAGAAUGGAUCGUCAAUCGUUACGUGGGACGAGCCGAAGUUCAGUGACAACGUUGGCGUUGUCAGGGUUCAGGAGAAGAGUGGACACAGAUCUGGACAGACGCUUCUGUGGGGAUCAUACGACAUCAGCUAUGUGGCUUACGAUCAGGCUGGAAACUCUGCCAGCUGUAACUUCAAAGUUUACGUACUUCAUGACUUCUGUCCUGAAUUACCUGAUCCUAUUGGUGGAAUGCAGCAAUGCAAGGACUGGGGCGCGGGCGGUCAGUUCAAGGUUUGCGAGAUUUCUUGCAAUGCUGGACUUAGGUUUGCGCAAGAGGUGCCCAAGUUCUACACUUGCGGAGCUGAAGGUUUCUGGCGGCCAACCAACAACCCCGGCCUGCCACUUGUCUACCCUGCUUGUACAAGCGCUUCUCCCGCUCAACGUGUAUUUAAAAUCAGAAUGAACUUUCCUACGUCUGUACUCUGUAAUGAGGCUGGACAAGAGGUGCUGAAACAGAAGGUCAGACACGCUGUCAACUCGUUAAACAGGGACUGGAACUUCUGUUCUAACUCAUUCGAAGGAACCCGGGAGUGCAGAGACUUGAACAUCAACGUUCAGUGUGACCAUCGUGCACGAACCGCCAGACAGGCGUCGACUGAAGACGAUGCCGGAACUUACACGAUCUCUGUUGACGUACUUGCCGAGCCAACGAGACAAGCUCGCCAAGGCAGUGAUACGUACGAAGUGGAAAUUUCCUUCCCAGCAAUAAACGAUCCGAUCCUGAAUUCGAACUCGAACGAACGAGCCACCGUUCAGAACCUCCUCGAGAAGCUGAUUCUCGAGGAAGACCAAUUCGAUGUCCACGACAUCCUACCCAACACCGUACCCGACCCAGCCUCUCUAGUCUUAGAAUCCGAUUACGCUUGCCCCGUCGGACAAGUGGUCAUGGCUCCCGAUUGUGUACCUUGCGCGAUCGGCAGCUACUACGACACGACGACGAAGAAGUGCGAGUCCUGCCCGGUGGCGACCUACCAGAGCGAGUCCGGCCAGCUAAAGUGCAGCUCGUGCCCGGUGAUCGCGGGCCGUCCCUCGGUGACGAUCGGUCCCGGGGCUCGCAGCGCCGCCGACUGCAAGGAGCGCUGUCCCGCCGGUAAAUACUACGACGACGCGGCCGGUCUGUGCCGUAGCUGCGGUCACGGCUUCUACCAGCCCGAGGAGGGCAGCUUCUCGUGUCUGCUCUGCGGCCUCGGCAAGACGACGCGAACCGCCGAGGCUGUCUCGCGCGAGGAGUGUCGCGACGAGUGCGGCUCCGGACAACAGCUCGCCGUCGAGGGCAAGUGCGAGCCCUGCCCCAGAGGCACCUACAGGACCCAGGGUGUUCAGGCCGCCUGCCAGGCUUGUCCACUCGGAAGGACGACGCCGAACCUCGGCUCGGCCGCCGUCGAGGAGUGCUCGCUGCCGGUCUGCGAGCCGGGAUCUCACCUCAACGGCACACUCAACGAGUGCGUCGAGUGCAAGAAGGGCACCUACCAGCCCGAGGCCCAGCAGACCUCCUGCAUACCCUGCCCACCCAAUACCAGUACCAAAGGACCCUCGGCUACCAGCAAAGCCGAGUGCACGAACCCCUGCGAGGUGAACGGCGAAGAGAUGCACUGCGACGCUAACGCCUACUGUCUGCUCAUCCCCGAGACGAGCGACUUCAAGUGCGAGUGCAAACCCGGCUACAACGGCACGGGCCACGAGUGCGUCGACGUGUGUCUCGGCUACUGCGACAACGAGGGUGUCUGCCUCAAGGACUCGAGGGGCCAACCCUCGUGCAGAUGCAGCGGUAGCUUCACCGGCAAGCACUGCACCGAGAAGUCGGCCUUCUUCUAUAUCACCGGUGGUAUCGCCAGCGGUGUCGUCCUCAUCAUCAUCGUCGUCCUGCUCGUCUGGAUGAUUUGCGCCAGGGCAUCGAAGAAGAAGGAGCCGAAGAAGAUGCUGACGCCGGCUACCGAUCAGAACGGCUCGCAGGUGAACUUCUACUACGGCGCCCCGACGCCCUACGCCGAAUCGAUCGCCCCCUCGCAUCACAGCACCUACGCGCACUACUACGACGACGAGGAGGACGGCUGGGAAAUGCCCAACUUUUACAAUGAAACUUACAUGAAAGAGAGUUUACACAAUGGCGGGAAAAUGAAUAGCCUCGCACGAUCGAACGCGAGCAUUUACGGUACGAAAGAUGAUCUUUACGACAGACUGAAACGCCACGCGUACCCCGGAAAGAAAGAUAAGAGCGACAGCGAUAGCGAAGGUCAGUGACUUUCGGGAAAUGUGGCCAAAAUCUCGAGUCGAAAGUGACGAAUCUCCAUAAUUACGGCGAAUACUCAACGAAUGUGUCUCUAUAUGUCAGUGUGUGUAUUCGCAUAGAAAAAAAAAAUUAAGCAAAAAAAGUGCAAAAUCGUUGCGCUUUCUCUUGCGUAUAAAGCACACGUGUGAGAAUAUAAAGAUUGAUCGGUAUAACUCGAGAGAUACACACAUACACACAUACACGACGAUGCGAGCGCAUGGAUAAUUGCUUGGGAAAAAUAGUCCUGGAGCCGCGAUCGACCUCAGGCAUUAAUACUACGAGAAGAUUAAAGCAGUAUAUGCAUAUAUAUAUAUAUAAUUAGCCAGAAGGAGGAAAAACAAUGUGUAACGAGCCAGUCGACGAUCGCCGCUUCGGCGCGUUUUCCUCGCAACUCUCGCGCCUCGCGAAACUGAGAGAAAGAGAGAGAGAGAGAGAGAAAAAUACUCCAAAUGCAGGACGAUUUAUUAUUACUGUGUAAGGAACGAUUAUUAUAUACUUUAUGAUAUACGAUUAUACCAAGUGCGACUGAUAUUCACAUUCUGAUUUGUGGUAUGAAAGGGAACGAGCGAUAUCCGUGUUUAACUAUAUAGACCUACACAUGUGAACGAGUACAUACAUACACACUUUGUAUUUAAUUCGAGAAGCUGAUUGACUAUAAGUGAUCUUUUUUUUUAUUUUACGUAAUACAUGAUAUUACACUCGUUCGUUGUAUGUUUUAUAAUAAUCCAGUUUUUACUUCGGUGAUUUCAUUUGUUUACUCAUCUCAUUGAUCUACUGUCAGUCAUAACGCGUAGGUAUACCUAUAUAUUUGUGGAUUACGUACGAUUCUUUCUCUUUUACGUUGAUUAAACGCAGUGUAGGUUUACUUCUUUUUUUCAUUACUAUUUAAACCUUUAUACGAAAAGUCUUCCCAGUAUAUAGUUAUUCUUUACAUUAACGGUGCGAAAGAAAGAUAUAAGCUAGUGUGUGCUGAUUGUAAUUAUUAAUUUUAUUAUUAUAUUGAAAUUAAAUUAGAUGUAUAAGCGAUUUUUAUUAUAUAUAUAUAUAUAUAUAUAUAUAUAUAUAUCGUUAUAUUAUAAAUAUGUAACUAUUUUGUACAAUAAUUUACGUUACACGCAUUGACCGAAACGUGGGAGAACAAUGUUUGAAAAUCACUUAUUACCGACGACUAACAUGUGCAAGAAACAUUUCAUAGUCAGUAGAAAGGUAGAAAGCUCGGUAUGUAUUUUCAUCGACAGAUUUUGUAUUUUUAAACCCAGAGCUUGUUCUCCAUUGACACUGUAAAAAUGCUUCGACGAAUUGUUUUUAAUAAAAAAAUAUGUCUACAAUAA